AUGAGAUCGGCAAUAAAUCCAGCGAAAAAGAAACAAGAGAAAAGUGUGAAUACAAAUACGAAAAAGAAUCCAUUGAAAGAUGCGCUGAAAUUUGAAAAAUCGAAACGAAAAACCAAAACUGAAGUUUCAACAAGAAAAGAGAAAUCGGUUAGAAAGAAGGGAAGCAAAGGACCAACAUCGAAUAAUUUGGGACCAGUUUCAUCUAGUACAAAUCAACCAACUUCCACACCAAAUCCUUCUGUUGGAUCAACUGAACAAGUUGCUUGGCCACAUGAAUCUGCUGCCAAGAAAUUUUUGCAACAAAAUGCUUUUCGUAAGUUUUUUGUGAAGCUAUGUGAAAACAGGAAAAUGUUUUAGGAGUACAGUAAUCUGUUUCAAAAUUUACCGUUUCAGUUCAUUUUCUCUUUUUUUUCAGAAAACUCGCGCAUCACUGAAGAAUUUGCUGCCAUCAAAACAACCACUCCAAAAGAAGAUGUAUGCGCCGAAUUUUUCAAAAAUCCCAAGAAAAAUCGGAAUGCCGCAUUGCCUAUAACCGAUGCAACUCGCCUCAAACUCAAAAAUCCAGCAGGAGGCUAUAUAAACGCUGCGAAAAUCUCGAAUCCAGCAGAUUCCAAUAGAAAUCUUAUCAUUGGUCAAAUUCCCGAAACUUCGGAUUUGGAAGAAUUUUGGAGAAUGAUUUUCGAUGUGAGUUUUUCCAGGAGAAUAUCGAAACUAAUUUAUUUUCUAAUAAUUUUUCAGGAAACAAUUCUUCAUGUUUUUUUCGGUUAUGCUCAAACUGAUAAUAUCACAACUCCUCUUGCCACUUUUCUACCAACAACAAUGGGAGCAUUUGCCACUUAUGGAAAAAUGUUUCUAAAUGUCAAAAAAGUGGAGACAAUUGGAAAAGAGAUCAAUUGUAUUAUGAUUGAACUUCUUCCUGAUGGUUGCUCAAAUUCAACUCUUGUCACAGUUUAUAAUCAACCAAAUUGGAAUCUUGGAAAAGUUCCAGCAAAUGUUAGUGAUUGUAUUGCAAUUUGUGAAAAGAUGAAUAAAGCAAGUGAUGCCAUUUUAUUCUGUAGUUGGAAUGGAGUUGGAAGAGCUGGAACUAUGCUUAUGAUACAUUCUGUUAUGACUCAUAUUAUAAAGAAUGUUGAUUGUAAAAUUGGUGAUUUACUUCAAACUUUGCGUGGACAAAGAUUUGGAAUCGUUGAAAAUUCGGAGCAAUAUUUGGCCAUUUAUCAAGCUAUUGGAUAUUGGAUUAAGGCAAAAUCAUCGGAUGCUGAAACUACUGGAAAAUUGAGUGAAUUCUGUGCAGCGCUCAAAUAG